AUGGCGAGAGGACCGAAGAAGCACCUGAAGCGUGUGGCGGCGCCCAAGCACUGGAUGCUGGACAAACUCACCGGAGUCUUCGCUCCGCGUCCGUCCACCGGUCCACACAAACUGAGGGAGUGUCUGCCCCUCAUCAUCUUCCUCCGUAACCGCCUGAAGUACGCUCUGACCGGAGACGAGGUUAAAAAGAUCUGUAUGCAGCGGUUCAUCAAGAUCGACGGCAAAGUCCGCACAGACAUCACCUACCCCGCCGGGUUCAUGGAUGUGAUCAGCAUUGAGAAGACUGGAGAGCAUUUCCGUCUGAUCUACGACGUUAAAGGACGAUUCACGGUGCACCGCAUCACAGCUGAGGAGGCAAAGUACAAACUGUGUAAAGUGAAGAAGAUUAUGAUCGGAACCAAAGGCAUCCCUCACCUUGUUACCCACGACGCCCGCACCAUCCGCUACCCAGACCCCCUGAUCAAGGUCAACGACACGGUGAGGAUUGACCUGGAGACCGCCAAGAUCACAGACUUCAUCAAGUUUGACACCGGAAACCUGUGCAUGGUGACCGGAGGAGCUAACUUGGGGCGUAUCGGCGUGAUCACCAACAGAGAGCGCCAUCCUGGAUCCUUCGACGUGGUUCAUGUGAAGGACACGUCAGGAAACAGCUUUGCCACCAGGCUGGGAAACAUCUUUGUGAUCGGAAAGGGCACAAAGCCGUGGGUGUCCGUGCCCAGAGGAAAGGGCAUCCGUCUGACCAUCGCUGAGGAGAGAGACAAGAGGCUGGCCGCCAAACAGGGCUCCAGCUAA